AUGAGUGAUCAGAUGGAAGAGCCGCUGUCUCCAAUCAUUGAAAUUGUGGAGUUCAUUGAUGCAGAAGAUAACUUAAUCCAGUCGUUCACGAGAGAACUCAAACUUGAACAACAAGAUUUAAACCGGGGCACUCUGGAACUUGCAUCAAAUGGCGUAGAUCAUUCUGAAAAAGCGGGAAGUCUGACUUCUCUGAGUAUUGCUCAAGACGACAACAGACUUGAUUUGAGCGAGGCUGUGGGAAUUGCAGAACUACCGAGACAGAACAUAGAGAAAAAACAGAAACCUCCUGCGAGAGUCACAUUUGCGGAUCUGGACGAUGCUGUUGUGAAAGAAGCCCAGGAUCAGCCGCUAGAGACUACCAAACCAAACAAGCCACGGCUGCGCUUUCGCCAAAGAUUAGACAAGAAAAAUAGCGAGGAUCUCUCAAAUAAGCCUCAGAAAUCGAUUGCUCCGAACGGUUUUGAUGCGUCAAAGACCAACUCUGGUGAUUUGAUUGAAGAUGAUGAGUAUUUUAAUAGGCUUAAGGAUGAGCUUAAACAAGAAAACAUGAAAGACAAAAUGUCUAACUACAAAAGAAUGACAUAUCAGAACAGUAACUCCAAAACGCGAGAUAUCGUGCCAGAGCCGAUUGUGGAACCUAGCAAUGAACAUCUUCUCGAAUACGUUGAGGAGGACGAACUGACUGGAAGCGAAAGCCGACCAACCAUUGAUCUCGCAAAUAUAGAUGUCACAGAACUACCUGAUGAUCUAGAAACCCUUGUCCAGGCGUACGAUUUCGGUCUAUUCGACGAUCACACAAAGACCAAUGUGGUAGAAAAGCUCGAAGACUUCGAAAUCCUCAACGCAAUGAUCGAAGCUGAGGACAAAGACGAAUCACAGGAUCACACACAUGAAGCGUCCGCAAAUGAGCCUUCCAUUGAAAAGUACUCGAGUUUCAAGCACAACGAUAAUUUUGAUAUAAUGGCCGAUGAUAUAAUAGAAAACGAGAUCGCUGAGGAUUCCGAGGAUGAAGAUGAGAUGGAUGAAUUUUACAAUUACGACGAGAUACAACAGAAUGUUUUAGACAGAGAUAUUAGACAGCACUACUUCCGGUUGAGGAACAAGUUGUAUCCCUCCAAAGCAGCUGAGGAUAUGGAAGAAAUGGAACUAUCUGAUUGA